UCGUCGAAUUUGAAAGGCAGCUAUCACAAGGAAGCACCACCGAUUCCUGCGCACCGAUGUGUUGAUGGACGAGCAUCACCAUCGUUCGAUUACCAGAGCUCAAAAAAUGCUUUGCUCGACAGCGUACCUUUGAAGGCGACGAUAUCACGUCACAACCGAACCAGCACAUUUGAGGUUUCUCUUUUGGAGUUACUUCGAAACGAAAAACGCUCGUUCAAUUCUUGGAUGCUCUUCUCAGAUUUCAUAUUUUACAUUAUCAUUUCGAUGCGCUUUCGUGAAACCGUAUCGGACCUGAAAAAGCCCGAGUCGUUAGGCUAUUUGAACGUUGCACUAUCGUACAAUCGUCUUUCCUCAACACUUUUCGUUACUGUUCUUUCCGCAAGAGGCCUCUCAUACAGGCAGUACAGCAGUACGGCAUUCUAUCCAAAUCCUUUCGUUAAAAUUUAUCUUCUACCGGGCAGAAAAGUUUCAAAUAAAAGACGCACCAAAUUCGUUCCAAAUACAUGCGAUCCUGUAUGGAAUCAAACAGUUGAAUACAUGAUUCCAAUGCAAGAACUAUAUGGUCACUACCUCGAGUUUACGGUUUGGGACUACGAUAAGAUUAAUGAUAACAACUCACUUGGACAAGUUGUAAUAAGUCUGUCAGAACCGUAUGUAUUGAAUGGUGUUGCACGAUGGUAUCCUCUACAAGCAUUGCAUCAUAACUUCGCCGUAAGUGGCUUGCCUGGUGUACAAUUUGAUACAGCCAUUGGUACAGUUAACAGAUCUUAUAACACAUCACAAUAUAAUCCCGGUACUGUUUUCUUAUGUCUCUCGACAUCGGCUAUCCGGCUAUCAACUGAUCUCUAA